UGUCUGUCAAGACGGAACUUGGAUAAGAAAAUGGCGCAGUCAUCUGCGCAACUACUGUUCGAUGAGAGCGGGCAACCGUUCAUCGUUAUGCGUGAGCAGGAGAACCAGAAGCGUAUCACCGGAGUUGAAGCUGUGAAAAGUCAUAUUCUUGCCGCUCGUGCUGUGGCCAACACUCUUCGCACAUCUCUCGGUCCACGUGGACUCGACAAGAUGCUCGUUUCUCCAGACGGCGAUGUCACCAUCACCAACGACGGAGCCACUAUCAUGGAGAAAAUGGAUGUGCAACAUCACGUUGCCAAGCUUAUGGUUGAGCUCUCCAAGUCUCAAGAUCACGAAAUUGGAGACGGAACCACUGGUGUCGUUGUGCUCGCCGGUGCUCUUCUCGAAGAAGCUGAGAAACUCAUUGACCGUGGAAUCCACCCAAUCAAGAUCGCCGAUGGAUUCGAUUUGGCUUGCAAGAAGGCUUUGGAGACCCUUGACUCCAUCUCUGACAAGUUUCCAGUCGAGAAUCGCGAGAGACUCGUCGAGACUGCUCAGACUAGUCUUGGAAGCAAAAUCGUAAACCGUUCGUUGCGCCAAUUCGCAGAAAUCGCUGUCGAUGCUGUGCUCUCUGUGGCCGAUAUCGAGUCAAAGGAUGUUAACUUUGAAAUGAUCAAGAUGGAAGGCAAAGUUGGUGGAAGACUUGAAGAUACUAUUCUUGUCAAGGGAAUUGUUAUCGACAAGACUAUGUCUCAUCCACAAAUGCCGAAAGAGCUCAAAAAUGCCAAGGUCGCCAUCCUCACGUGCCCAUUCGAGCCACCAAAGCCAAAGACCAAGCAUAAGCUUGACAUCACCUCCACUGAAGAUUUCAAGGCUCUCCGUGAUUAUGAGCGUGAAACAUUUGAGACAAUGAUUCGACAGGUGAAAGAAAGUGGUGCAACAUUGGCAAUCUGUCAAUGGGGAUUCGAUGACGAGGCCAAUCAUCUUCUGCAAGCAAAUGAUUUACCGGCUGUAAGAUGGGUUGGAGGUCCAGAAAUUGAAUUGUUGGCUAUUGCUACAAACGCUCGAAUUGUUCCACGAUUCUCCGAGCUUUCGAAAGAAAAGCUGGGAACUGCUGGACUUGUUCGUGAAAUAACUUUUGGAGCCGCCAAAGAUCGUAUGCUUUCGAUCGAACAAUGCCCAAACAACAAGGCUGUUACAAUCUUCGUUCGCGGUGGAAAUAAGAUGAUUAUUGAUGAGGCUAAACGAGCUCUUCAUGAUGCUCUCUGUGUCAUUCGCAAUCUUGUCCGUGAUUCUCGGAUCGUUUAUGGUGGAGGAUCUGCUGAACUUGCUGCCGCUAUUCAAGUUGCGAAGGAGGCUGAUCGCAUUGAUGGUAUCGAGCAAUACGCUUUCCGUGCAUUUGCAGAUGCUCUUGAAUCAAUUCCAAUGGCUUUGGCUGAAAAUUCAGGACUUGCUCCAAUCGAUGCACUUUCUGAUUUGAAGGCAAAACAAAUCGAGACUGGAAAGUCUUCUCUUGGAAUUGACGCUGUUUUUGCUGGAACCAAUGAUAUGAAGGAGCAGAAGGUUAUCGAGACAUUGCUCAGCAAGCGUGAACAGAUCUCAUUGGCCACUCAGGUGGUUCGCAUGAUUCUGAAAAUCGACGAUGUGCGUGUUCCUGACGAUGAAAGAAUGGGAUAUUAAGAAAACCAUCAGACACGAAGGUUACGAUAGAUAACCAUCUCUCAAAGUCUAUCGACCUCCUUUUUCAUCUUGUUUUCCUUCCGAUUUACAAUUUUUGUUUCUUUCUAUCGAAAUCUCUUCCCCACUGUUUCUCCACCCAUUUGCUAUUACCUUUUCUUAAUUUUCAAUUUUUAAAAAUUGUUUAAUUGCUUGCUCUCCCAGUUAUCCGUUUUCUUUUCUCCAAUGAUACUCUUUUGUCAUUUUUUUACUAUAAAGUUUGUUGCUUCUUCGUU